AUGUCCCUCCGUAGUUUAUUCAGCAUGAUGGCUGCUGAUGCUGCGGUAGCUUCCUCCUCACCUCAUCGCAUCUCACCUCAUCCCUACCGCCAGCUUUCGUUUCACCUCUACACCCUUCUCAUCAUCCUCUUCUUUCUCCCAGCCCAGGCGAAGGGAUUGCUUGGCGUCCGCCCAGAGGACACUAAAGCCGGGGAGCUGUCAGUGCAGGACGGGCUGCUCCAGGCGACCGAGGGUACGCGCUUCAUGCUGCGGGUUUACUACGCAGCAUCCUCGGUUACACAGAGAGCCAACAACCACUCUGGGAGUAGGAGACCAGAAGCUGCCGCUGCCGCACCAUGGAUCGCCUUCGUAGAAGAACCAGGUGGAGAGCGAAAGCGAGGAGAGGGGGAGAGACUGGUUCCUCCCAAACAGAACCCGUGCGUGGACGAGCAUGCUCGGAGUUCUGACAUCGAGCUCCUGGGUUCCUUCAGGUCUGCGUCCAGCCACAACUCUGUUCUAGUGGAGCUGCUCGCCAAAGACCUGCGCAAAGAUGAGCGGAUCAAAUAUUACUCCAUGUGCGCGUUUGACGGGGUGAAGUGGGAGCAUUUCAGCACCAGAGACUUCUGGCUAGCCGUGGUGGAGCGACCCCCGCAUGCGGAUGUGUGGCUCCAGUUGGGGGUGUCAGUAAUGCUACUGGGGCUCUCUGCGCUCUGCAGCGGGCUGAACAUCAGUAUGCUAGCCAUGGAUCCCGUCGAGCUCCGCGUUCUCCAAAACAGCGGCACCGAAAAGGAACAAAAAUACGCACACAAGAUCGAAUCCGUGCGUAAACAUGGCAACUACAUCCUAUGUACUGUGGUACUGGGAAACGUGCUGACCAACACCUGUUUCGUGGUGUGGAUGUGCCAGAUUAUAGGGAUGACUCCCACCUCCCUUGCUACCUGCACUUUCGGGAUAUUCUUCAUAGGAGAGAUCCUGCCUCACUCUGUGGCGUCCAGACACAGCCUCGCCAUCGCCUCCAAAACCAUCUGGGCCACCCGGCUUCUAAUGCUGGUCUCCUUCCCCAUCUCCUACCCCAUCUCCAAGCUCCUAGACAUCAUGCUUCACCAGGAGAUCAGUAACUUCUACACCCGAGAGAAACUGGUGGCCAUGCUGCGCGUCACAGACCCCUACCACGACCUGGUCAAAGAGGAACUCAACAUCAUCCAGGGCGCCCUGGAGUUACGCACCAAGACCGUAGAACAAGUUCACACCCCUCUGGCGGACUGUUAUAUGCUCUCUUCAGAUGCUGUUCUAGACUUCUGUACUAUGUCUGACGUCAUGCAGAGUGGGUUCACCCGGAUCCCGGUCUAUGAGAACGACAGGUCCAACAUCGUUGAUAUUCUAUUCGUCAAAGACCUGGCGUUCGUGGACCCAGAUGACUGCACCCCGCUGAAGACCAUCACCCAGUUCUACAAACACCCCAUGCACUGUGUGUUCAGAGACACCAAACUGGAUGUGAUGCUGGAGGAGUUCAAGAGAGGUAAAUCCCACCUGGCUAUAGUCCACAGGGUGAACAGUGAGGGGGAGGGGGACCCCUUUUAUGAGGUCCUGGGAAUUGUUACUUUGGAGGACGUUAUCGAAGAAAUCAUCAAGUCUGAGAUUGUGGACGAGACAGACCUCUACACUGAUAAAAGGACUAAGAGGCGUGUGUCUCACCAUGAGAGGAAGCAACACGACUUCUCUAUCUUUAAAAUGUCAGAGAAUGAGAUGAAGAUAUCUCCUCAACUGCUGCUAGCUACACACCGUUUCCUGGCCACAGAAGUGGAGCCCUUCAAGCCAUGUCAUCUCUCAGAGAAGAUUCUCCUUUGUCUGAUCAAACACCCCAGUGUCGUUCAGGAACUUAAGUUUGACAGGACGAACAAAGGAGCACCACAGCACUUCCUGUAUAUGAGGAACAAACCUGUCGACUACUUUGUCCUGAUUUUACAGGGUAAAGUUGAGGUGGAGAUUGGUAAGGAGGCUCUUCGUUUUGAGAACGAAGCCUUCUCCUAUUAUGGAAUGCCAGCCCUCAUACCACCAUCAUCCAUAGUCAACAGGUUUGGUUCUGGUAGCAGUGGGUUGAACCAGUCAGACUCUGUCCUAUCAGAAGGCAGUGUGGGUCAGCUGAGUAUAGGAGGGGGAGGAGUCUACCUACCUGACUUCUCUGUCAGACAACUCACUGACCUACAGAUUAUAAAGAUCUCGAGGAACCACUACCAGAAUGCAGUAACAGCCAGUCUUAUGGACAGUGUACCCCAGACCCCCGAUCCUGAGGGGAGACCCACCCUCCCUGAGACCCGCUCCCACAGCAUCGCCCUGCCCCUGACACACACAUACACUCAUCUGCAACCUGUCCUGGAACGACACACGCACACAGAGGACAACACUGGACCGCUCACCUCACAGCUCAAUGAAAGGAGUCACAUAGUCCGCAGUAAGUCAGAUGGACAGAGGAGCCCCAGUGACUCAGUGUUUCUACGGAUGGAUGACAUUCCCUACAUCCGAGAGGACCGACCGGAAGACUGUCAGGAAGACCAACCAGAGGACCCACCAGAGAAGGAACCGGGAGACCUCCCGGAAGAUCGAACAAAAGACUGUCCAGAAGACCGUCUGACAGAUUGUCUGGAAGGCCAUCCGGGAAAAUGGCUAGUAGAAUGUCCAGAAGACCAGCAGGUAGAAUGUCCAGAAGACCAGCAGGAAGACAGGCAAGAAGACCAGCUGGAAGACAGGCAAGAAGACCAGCUGGAAGACAGGCAAGAAGACCAGCUGGAAGACAGGCAAGAAGACCAGCUGGAAGACAGGCAAGAAGACCAGCUGGAAGACAGGCAAGAAGACCAGCUGGAAGACAGGCAAGAAGACCAGCUGGAAGACAGGCAAGAAGACCGGCUGGAAGACAGGCAAGAAGACCGUCUGAAAUACCAACUGGAAAUCCAAGAAGGGAAAGGUAACAAGAGGAGUUCUUUGAUGGGAGAAUAAGGUGGAGGAAGGCAUGGAGCAGUCAUCGUCGACCACCCAGCACAAAGCCAGAGAGAAGAGACAACAGGGAAGAUCUAGCACAGAUAAUAAACUGUCUCUCUCUCUUUUCCCUUCCUCCCAGUCUUCUACCCACUGGGUACUGGGGUAGACGUUUAGUUGGGAUCACACUGUAGUACUUAGACAUCCAGAAGCUCAAGACCUUUAUCUGAACUGUCCACUCCCCAGACCCAACCCCCU